AUGGCGCUCCAAGCUCAUGCCUUUCUGUUCUCGAUGGUGAAGACUGGAGAGUUCAGCGACUUCACUCUUGUGUGCGAUGGUCACGAGUUCAAACUGCAUCGGGUAGUUGUUUGUCCUCAGUCGCUUGUUAUUGCCGCUGCCCUCUCUGGCGGUUUUCAGGAAACCACAUCCAAGAUCAUUAAUGUCAAUGAGUUCGAUAUCUCUACUGUUCGGCACAUGAUAUCAUUUCUUUACACCGGUGAAUACCACGUCGAAACAAAGAGCGAGGACAGUCCCAUCCCCAGUGACGAACAGUGUCACGGUGAGGCAGAUAGCAUCUCGCAGCCCUGCUCCGGCCCAGAGUCUAUGAAGAACGAAACUAUCGAGAACAUACUAUCGCAUCUCCGCGUCAAUGCAAUCGCUGACUACUACAACAUCGAGAGCCUGGCCCAGCUGGCAAACUCGAAGAUUCAGGCCAACCUUGAACAGGGCCAAGAGGCAGACUUGUUUCCCCGGGUGAUCCAAGAGAUGUCCAAGUCAAACAGAGAUGAUAAACUAUGCGCUAUUGUCGCUUCGGCUACAGCAGAGUGCAUGGGUGAGCUCAUAGAGUUGCAAGGCUUUCAAGACGUGGAACUUGAGCAUAAUCUUGUUUUUGAAAUGCUCCGUGCUCUCACCAAGAAGAUCAAGGAGGUACAGAGUCAGUUGAGGGCUUCCCAGCGAUUGGCUGCAAGUUAUGAAAAGACGAUCGUGGGCGAAUUCAAGAGUAAUAAGCUUUACAGAGAGAGAGUUGAUCUCUCUGUGGCCACUCUGGAAGACACGAGAAUAUGCCGAAAUUGUGCUAAGGUUUUCGGAUGUACCUUUGAGGCACGUGGCCCUGGUAGCUCAGUAUCUCAUGUCCUACGUUGUCGCGAUUGUCUCUGCAGACACCCGUGA